AUUUGUUUGCACUUUGCAUUCAAGAGAAAGCGGGUCAUUCGGAUCUUGCCCGGUCCAUUUCAUAUCCACACUUUUUUCCAUGGGCUUCUUUCUAGGGUUAAACUGUGUAAGCAAAGCUGCAAUGUCUCCUUUUAUAAGAAAAAAAAACCUGGUGUCGUAAAUCAAUGACCAACAACAAUGGAAAGAAACCGAACAGGAUUGUGCAACUCUCCGAUGCCGCUUCUUAUGUCCUCCCAUACCUAUAUCCGGCGGAGCUAUCCGCCAUCUCGCUAACCUGCAAGACACUACAUUUAUUAGCCAAAUCCGUUACCGCCGUCCGUUCAUCCGACGCCUGUAGGAACUCCGAGAAGCUCCCCAUUCCUUUCGUUAACUCCGCCGUGGACAAUCAUCCAUAUGCUUACUUCAUCUAUACUCCGACUCAAGUCCUAAGUUUCUCCGACGACCUACCCCGCCAGCCAUGGGGUUUGUAUCCUCUCCAACGACGAGACCUAGGUUUGAUUCUUCCUCCGACGCUCGAGGAUGGUGCUAGGUGUGAAUGCGAGAGAUGCGGUAACGAUUCGGCGGGGUGUCCGUGCUCCAGGCAGAACUUUUCCGGGUUGAGAUGGGAAUGUGGGUCGGGUUGCAUUUGCGAUUUGGAAUGUUCUAACCGAGUGUCCCAGAGAGGUAUAUCGAUCCGAUUGAAGAUCGUUAGAAGUCCGGGGAAAGGUUGGGGCUUGCAUGCGGAUCAGUUUAUUCGAAGUGGAGAAUUCAUUUGCGAAUAUGCAGGAUACUUAAGUGAACUUUUGACAACAAAAGAAGCAAGAAAGCGUCAACAAAUAUAUGAUAAACUCAAAUCCACAAACAAACUCACAUCAGCUCUUUUAGUUGUGAGAGAACAUCUUCCAUCUGGAAAUACAUGUAUGAGAAUCAACAUUGAUGCUACAAAGAUUGGCAACAUUGCAAGAUUCAUAAACCAUUCAUGUGAUGGUGGGAAUCUUUCAACAGUUUUGUUAUGGAGAUUCUGGUUUGAAUCCAAAUGGAUCAAAGUGUUUUUGUGGCACCAGUUGUUGCACAGGAAUCAUGCCUUCUGAACAUACAUGAUGUCAGCAAGGUAUGGCAUUUUCUUGAAAACAUCACAGAUUCUUCAAUAUUAUCAAAUGAUUUUCUUGUAUCAAGUUAGUUUAGGUAUUUUUUGUAUGGAUAAAGACAUAAAGUGGUUGAAUGUGUAAAUGAUGUAUAAAACUUUGUAUACCUAUAUAAAAGAUUGUUUCUUUUUUAUAUCAAAUUAA